UAGCAACGCGGACACUCAACCAGUCUUCGCUGCUUCUCAGAAAAUUCCACUCCCUCUCUGUCUGUAAAUCGUCUGUAUCUGCAAACCCCACUGAAUAAUUCCCUUCUCGCUCGAGUUUCUUGCUUGAAUUUAGCGUUGCUUUUUUUACCCGUUCGGUUGCUUCUCGUGGGUCUUUUUGUGUAAAAACUUUUUGACUAAUGGCUGUACUGCCGGUGAAAGCUUUACCUGUGGGAUACAGAUUCCGUCCGACGGAUGAGGAGCUGAUCGACCACUAUUUGCGGCUCAAGAUCAAUAGAUGUGAUAAGGAAGUCAGUGUUAUUCGUGAGAUCGAUGUCUGUAAAUGGGAGCCAUGGGAUUUACCAGAUCUGUCUGUGAUAGAAUCAUCUGAUAAUGAGUGGUUCUUCUUCUGCCCAAAGGAUCGGAAAUAUCAAAAUGGUCAGAGAUUGAAUCGAGCUACAGAAAAGGGUUAUUGGAAAGCCACCGGCAAAGAUAGGAACAUAACAUCCCGGAAGGGAGUGAAGAUUGGGAUGAAAAAGACUUUAGUUUUUUAUAGAGGUCGUGCGCCGGAGGGUAAGAGAACCAAUUGGGUGAUACAUGAAUAUCGUGCUACUGAUAAGUCUCUGGAUGGCACCCAUCCUGGUCAGGGAGCCUUUGUGCUCUGCCGAUUGUUCAAGAAGGCUGAAUUGAAGCAAGAUGAGAUAGGCGAAAGUUCAAAUUGCAAUGAAGUUGAAGAGAUUGUCUCUUCACCUACUGCUCUUAAGUCCUCUCCCGAAGAUGAACAAUCAGAGUCCAUUACUCCUCUUGGUGGCCUGGCGGAAAUGCAAUUUUCCAGUGUUGAAAGCCAUCCAACAGUAAGUUCUGAGAAAGUUGUAGUUGACUCUUCUCUGCCUAUAGAUUGGCAGAGCAUUAACUGUAUACCUGAAGGGGGGGAUGAUGAUGGACCAGACACUCCAUUUAUUCCUCCUAACCCAGAUCUGGAAAAAUUGUUGGGUGAGUUUUGUUCUCCUCCACGACAGGCAUCAGACUGGAAAAUCUUCUCCCCAUUGCACACACAGAUGCAAUCGGAGCUUGGGAAUCAUUAUCUGUAUGAGAGUUUUAAUGUGGAGAUGAACAAUAACCAACAAAAUUUCCCAUAUCAAUAUGGCUCAAAUUCAGCUGACAUUGAGUUUCUGAACUCAGUUCUUAUUGAUCCUGAGCACCAGGAGCCAAGUUCUUGUGACAUGAUCUCCUGUGUUACUUCCCCUGAUACUCCAAAUUACAUACUUCAAUCACUAAAGGACAACAACUCAGGCCGUGUACUACAGAGCGAGGUGUCACAACGAAAGCUUGAAUUUCAACCAGAUCUCUCUGCGGGAAAUAUCAAGCAAGAGUCUCCAUUCCAGAGCGAAAUAACUUCUGAUGUGGCAACUAUGGAGCAAAAUGGUCACGAUUUUGAUGGUGGGAAUGAUAAUGACCAACAGAACAUGGAAUUUUUAUGCAGCAGCUUUGUCUUGCCAGAUGAUUUUACUACUGCUGCUGCUGGAAAUGAGAUCCCAUACGUAAACCCUUAUGGAGGACACAUUGCUCAGGCUGUGGAUUAUACUAGCCCAAAAGUGGGAGGCACCAAUUCCGGGUCUGGAAUUAAGAUACAGUCUCGCAAAAGUUCAAAUCAGGCCGGUGCCCAAGACAAGAUGGUGCAUGGGACUGCACCUAGAAGAAUUCGCUUACAGAAGGAUAUUCGAAUUGGGCCGGUUAUGUGUCUCAAUAAGUCAGCCCCCGCGAAACCAAUCCAUGAAGGAGAAUCAAAGGAUGACAUAACAGAGAGCGUGAGUAGUCUGGAUCAAGACGUGUCGUCAAUCUCCGAUGAAGCAAAUAAAGACGAACAGUCUUGUGGUGAUGAACCUGAGGCUGAGGAUGCUAUUUCGGUCAGACCUGGAUGUGCAUCGUUGAAAUUUUCUUACAUGCCUAAGGUACUCGUGGCCAUCAGUCUCAUCAUCAUGCUCGUUGCUACAUCAACAUAUUUCGUUGGAUAUGUUUAAGUCAAACUAUCUAGAUAUAAAGCCUAACGUUUUGUAUAGAAGUUGAGUUCUUAUGGUCUUUUAGAUGUAUAGGCUGUGUAUGUUAUGAUAAGGAUAUGUAAUAUUUUGUUUAGUGACUUUAAACGAAUUUUUACCUGUGGCUCUUUUUCUUUGAUUUCUUGGACCA